AUGGCUGUUCAGCUGCAGCAACAAAACCGGACUGGCAGCCCUUAUCUCUCCCCAAACCAGCGACAUCUCCUGCUGGCAGCAUUGAACUCGCAAGCUGGUGGUCAGCGGAACGUGAAGCGAACCUCGUCCGAUCUCGCAAGCACUCAGCCCGACAUGGGUGAUGCCAAACCCAACGUCCUCUUCAUGAGCCCACAGAAUGCUGAGAUUGACGAAUUCGAUUAUACCCCCGAAUUGGACUACCUGGACAACGAGAACUUCGACUUUGAGAACGCCGAUCUUGGAGGGGACAUGAUUGGUGCACUGCCAGGAAGCGGCGCCGACAACAGCGACGCAACAGUCUCGAAUGCAGAUGGUGGACACGAGAAGCGCAAGAGCCCGGACGAGAAUGGUGAUAGUGAAGCUGGCGAUGCGAAGCGACAAGAGACCCAGGAAGGUGAGAAGGCAGCCAAGAAGCCAGGAAGGAAACCUCUCACGAGCGAACCAACCACAGUACGUGCUUUCCCCAUCGUACUACCUUCUUUUCAUCAUUGUCUGACAUAUCUCCAGAAACGCAAGGCUCAGAAUAGAGCUGCUCAACGAGCCUUCCGCGAGCGCAAGGAGAAGCAUCUCAAGGACCUUGAAAGCAAAGUUUCUGAGUUGACCAAGUCCUCCGAAGCCGACAAGCACGAAAAUGGGCGUUUGAAGGCUCAGGUCGAGCGCUUGCAGACCGAGUUGCGCGAGUAUCGCAAGCGCCUGUCGCUGAAUAGCUCUUCUGUCAAUCGUUCGCCCCCACUCAGUGCCACUCAUGGAACGCAACGCAGCAGCAGUGCUUCAACUUACGGUGGCAACUUCCAGUUCGACUUUCCAAAGUUUGGAGCAUUGCCGGGAAGCCAGAUCUUCGGCAAUCAAGGUUACGAUGCCAACAGUGGUAUCCUCAAACGCGAUAGCACAACGCCACCGAUCACACAGUCGCCCACGACAAUCGGCAGUUAUGACAAACCCGCGCCGGCGCAAAGCUCUCGACACAACAGCACCGGUCGUAGUCGAAGUCCGACAAACAACAACGGUAACGGUCCCCACGCCGAAAGUCCUGUCAACACGGCCAACUUUGUGCAAUCCUUCGCGCCGUAUAGCACCACCAACAACAUGCAUGGCUUUGCAAGCACCCUUCCCCAGAUGGGCGUUGGAAAUGAUGCGUUCAGCGAUCUCUUCAGCCCCAGUAUCCUCAAGAGCGCCAACGCAAACGGUUACUUCAACAAUUCGCAACUAGGCAGCAACAUGAUGAAUGCGCCUCAGAACUACAACGCGGACAGUGGCAACGACAGCACAUCAGGUCUCACUCGGGUCUUCCAAUUCAGUGGAGGUAGCAAUGCAAGCGAUAGCACGUCUCCAAGUGCAAGCUCGACAAGUCAGUGGAAUGCCAAUGGCGGGGCGGAUAGCUCUUGUGGAACUUCGCCGGAGCCGUCGCAUGAUAGCCCUGCGAAUAAGGACAAGCAUGCCGACUCUUUCGAUUCGCAAACGCAAAAUAGCGGCGCGCGCCCAUCGGAUAGCGCAUCCCAUCCACAGACCGGUCUCGAUGCGACUUUCGGCUUCGGAGGGGUAGAUCUCCAUGCUCCUCCUGCUUCUGAUUUCGAUCCCGUUUUGUUUGGGGAUUACAGAGAGAGCAACGAUGCCAUCAUCGGAGGUGGCGAUUUCUCAGGCGGCUUCUUUGACGACGCUCUAAGUUCAGCACCAUUCGACUUCGGGUCACCAAGUAACCUCUUUGGCAUCCUGCAAUCGCCAGGACAAACGCAAACGAACUUCGGCGCAGCCAAGUCCCCGGCUCCGGCACCUAGUAAGAAUCUUAUGGCUGAGAUUGAGAAGACCUGCGGCGGAGACGAUGACUUCGGGCUUCCUGGCGGAUCUAUGAAACAGACCCAGAACAACGCGAACCUCAUAAGCUGCAACAACAUUUGGAACCAGCUGCAGUCCAAUCCAGAUUUCCAAGAGGGUAAAUUCGACCUGGACAGUCUGUGCUCGGAGCUUCGCAAGAAGGCGAGAUGCUCGGAGUCUGGUGUGAUGGUCGAUCAAAACCACGUCGACGCGGCGCUCCGCACACUCGGCAAGAAGGAUGAAAAGGGCAAACCUCACAAUGUCCCAGCGCUGAUGUUCGAGCAGAACUCCUGGUAAGAAUCGAUUACGGGGUCAGAUGGAGUCAUGGACAUUGUGCUAACGUUGAGGUAGGGACAAUGUAUUGAAGAAAUUACGGGAGGGAAAGACGACGUAG